AUGUGGUUGAAAGUGGUAGGAUUUGGUGACAAGGUGAAAGAAUGGUGGACAAGCUACGGGGUAUCAGAGACACCUUCAUUGCAUAUUUCGAAGAAACUUAAAUUGCUCAAGGGAGAUAUUAUUAGGUGGAAUAAGGAGGUUUUUGGGAGGGUAGAGGUUAAAAUGAGGGAACUUAUGCAUGAAUUGGGGGAAUUAGAGAGAGGGGAAGGGGCGAGAGAGUUAGAUGAAUAUGAGAAAGUGAGAUUGGGGGAGGUUAAGAGGGAAAUAGUCGAACUCAAGAAGGUUCUUGACGUGUCUAUUUCGUCCUCCCAAAAAGCGUUUGCGGAAGGUAGGCAGAUAAUGGAUGCUGCUUUGGUGGCAAAUGAACUUGUAGACUCCAGAAGGAAAAAUAGAGAACCCGACUUACUAUGCAAGUUGGACCUUGAGAAAACUUUCGACAAUGUCAAUUGGGAGUUCCUGGAUCUCAUUAUGAUGAGGAUGUGCUCCAGGGGUCUCAGGCAAGGUGACUCCCUAUCUCCCAUGCUAUUUAUUCUAGUGAUGGAUGCUCUGAGUAAAAUGAUGGAUCGUGCGGUGGGCGGUGGCUUCUUAAGAGGAUUCUCAGCUCCGAUCGGGGUGCUUAGUGCCCGAAGAGUUUCUCAUAUGCUCUUUGCAGAUGACACCCUGAUUUUCUGUGAUGCCGAUAUGGAUCAGUUGACCUACCUGAAGCAGGUCUUGCAAUGUAAGGUGGGAUCCUUUCUUACUACUUACCUGGGUCUCCCAUUGGGCGCUUCGCAUAAGGAUACUACGGUUUGGAAUCCAGUGAUCGAAAGGGUUGAAAAAAGAUUAACACGCUGCCAGAAACGGUACUUGUCAAAAGGCGAUGAGGAAGUGCUUAUUAAAAGUACUUUAUCGAGUAUGCCCAGCUAUUACUUGUCCCUGUUGCAAGCUCUUGUGAGCACCACAGAAAAACUGGAGAGGUUUCAAAGGAAUUUUCUUUGGGAUGCGGCGGAUGGAACUAGAAAGUUUCAUCUAGUGAAUUGGCAGACAAUCACUUCCCCAAAGAAGUGA